AUGCAGCGUGUUAAAGACCUUCGCCCUAAUGACUUUAAUCUGACAAAGCUGGAUGAAGAGUUAACCUCCAUGGCUAUGAUUUGUGCUCUUCCUGUGGAGGAAUAUGGCGCUUUUACCUCUGCGCUACUUCAGCGUGAUAUCCUGAGCAAAGAUGUUGUCACCCAGGCUUUUGUCACAGAGGAAAUCAAUCGUCAUCAUCGCACCACUUCCUUUCCCAAAGCAGAUCAAGCACUCAUCACUGCUUCCUCCUCACAGCUCACCUGCGAUUUUUGUGAGGGCAAAGGACACAUACAGUCUAAUUGCUAUGCUUUCCAGAAUGCUUCAAAGAAAGUCAAGGAAAAUCGCAAAGAGCGCCGCUCUAAGCGUGGAAACAAGGCAAAUGCUACUGCUGCUGCUGCUGCCACCCAGAAUACCACUUAG